GAGAUCGGGUUGUUGCCGUGAAGCGAGCUGUUGUUGGUGUGUGUCGUGGCGACGGCCUGGCGGGGUGCUCGUGUGCGAGACUACUGUGCUGGGUUGCGUGUUGGUUGAUGCUUGGUUGUCAAUGCCUCGCCUGCCUGCUGCGUAUGUGGGCGUGGUGUUGGUUUGGCAGGUGGGGGCGGGGGCGCUGUGGUGGGUGCGUGCGCAGUAUCGGCCUGCAGUUUCGUGUGAGGAAUGCGGAGUCGUGCGAGGUGUGGCCUGGAAUUGGAGCACGCGCAGUGGGCAGCCUCAGGUAAUUUGCAGUCUGGGGGGCUAAUGCUUACUGUGCCAAAUUGAGCAAUGAGUUUGACUGCUGCGGCAGGCACCGCAGGCGGCCUUUACACGUGUGCGAUCUGGCCGCAUGCGGUUGCCCGCGCAUUGGUGAUUUCAGCCACUAAGCUGCAAGUGUGUUGAAGCAAACAGUCCUACCUUCUUGACGCCUACUUGUCCGCGGCGCUUCGUUAUCUGCGGCAUAGACGGCUGGGACUAAGCGGUGCGUAUUUUUGCGUUCGGGACAUGUCAGACUCGAAGCUAUAGCAACAAUGCCGUGCGAGGCUGUCUAAAUCUGAGGGUUUUGGUACUACCGUAAUGUAUGAGUACGGGGUAGGUAAAAUCGUGGCCGCAUUGUGAGCUCUUUGUACAGUCGACGCAGGGCCAUGCAUGCGCGCAGCAUGAAAGUGCCUAUGGGUGCUGUGUGCGUACGCUGGGCCCGUGCAAGGGGCAUGUGAAAUGCAUGCGCGGCGGGAUGUCUGCGUUUUGGGUCCCGUGUUUUGCACUGGGGCUACAAUGGAAGGGAGGAAUUGAAGAACUCCUGCUCGCAGUGGGGGUUGGUGGGUGGGUGCCGCAGUCCACUGCUCAGGAGGGGGCAAGCGUUGUUGGGCCAUUUGUGGAUGCACUCGUGGCUGGUGUGACGUUAAGCAGCAAGGGGCGGUGCCGUAGUAGCAAAAAGAUUCAUUGGGGCGGCGGGACUGUGUGUCUGGAAGGGUUAAGUUUGUCCGCUUGCGCCCGUGCGUUGUAAGGUUUGGACUGGGCGUAAGGGUAUGUGAUGUGGUAUGUGAUGUGGUACGGGCGAUGACACUAACAACCACCAUGGAAUGGACCGAAGCGUAAUACGUGGGCGCAUGCCGUUUUUGUGGCUUGGGGGUGCAUAAAUGUGUUUUGGCGCGUGCUUGGUCAUGCAGCCUGCUGCAUGUGCUGCUGCAUGCGCCCACGGUUGCCGGCAGCUCUCGCUGGACUGGUAAUGAAUACUUAGGUCAGUGCAAGCUUUUAAAUGGCUUCGGUACUGCAUUCUCUUCGGGCUCGUGAUGCGCCACGGUGUCGCUGCUGGCGUGUACAACGCAACGGAUGCUCUUUGUUGAUUGCCGAGACUGAAUAUCAGCCGGGACCGAAUCGGAAGUGGGUCCGCACGUUUUGGCUUAUUCCGGGAGUGCCGGGAGGACGUGAAGUAUUAAUGUACUGGUCGUCGCACGUAUUAAGCUGUCCUACCUAUCAUUUUCAUCGCAUUGCCCUGUUUUUGUUCGUGGAACCUUUGCCAGGGGGCUCAUGCAAAGGCAAGGGUUGCAUGCGGCGGCGCCACCUGCUUGUUGUUGCAUCAAUGUAGUUAGCAGGAGGCCGGCGCACUGAGCUAGCGUGUCUAGCUGACCCGCGUGUGUGUUUCGUGGCAGGUACGAACCACACACAUGGCUGGCGGAUAGACAGCAAACACGCAUGGCCGUUUGGGUAUGAAGUGCGGGAUUUGCUUUUGAGGAACAUGCGUAUGCGGUAUCAUCUGUAUGUGGUGGUGCGUGUUGUCUGCGUGUUUGUGCUACCAAGCGCACGGCCGAAGUUCGCCUGCAUGCAGAGGAAUCCCGUAUUUCUUGGGGCCACGUGGGGCGUGCAUGGCGCGCGCAAGGUGGGGCCCCACCCACGGCUUGGCCCCUCGACCCAUUAUCCAUGCGAUUGCGCAGGACCCGCUUACACGUGUACUUGCAAUAGUAGAUUCGGCGGUUGCGGGGCCGCCGGUUGCUCCCCUGCGAGCCAGAGGGUAGCACGCCUUGUGUCUGUCUUGGCGCUGCCAAGAAGAGCGGCGGGCUCGUGCGCAUCAGCGCGUGCGCGUGUGUUGUUAUAAUCAUGCAUUACUAAAGCGUACGUACGCGCACGAUUUGACUUACUAUGAAGAGUUUCUGUACUAAAUUAUUUACAAUCGGAGGAGCUACCAUGUAGUCACAGGUGGUAAGCGUGCGUACGUGCUUGCGCGAUCGGUAUCAGGAGGCAGCUGACGUGGCGGAUUGAGCGUUGAGGGGACCAGCGGUUGUAUCUAGCCUGAAGGUACCGGGAGACGUGGUUGGGGGGAGGGUUCACAGCGGUGUCGAAUAUAAUAAAGAGCGUUGAGUGCGCGAGAUGGGGUAUUACCGACUAUCAGUAUGGUUACGAACGUAACCUCACAUGUAGGGGGGGCACGAAUGCGGCCGCGUACAACUCAAGUUGAUGUCGCAAUGUCCUAAAGCUACGUGAAUGGGGCGUUGCCAACCAGCCAUGUAUCCUUACGGACGCGCCAACCUAUUGAGACCUGUGCUUGGUGCUGCAUUCUGACGGCUGGCAUGGUGUGCACGGGACAAAUAUCACCAUCUUGCGGAGAAAAGCACGGAGAUGCAAAGGCUCGUGGCGGCAUCACAUCCGUAAUCACGCAUUAGGUGGAGGUGCGUGUGUGGGUGGGUGUGGGUGGGUCGGUGGGCAGGGGAUGUGUCGUAUCGUUUAGACCAGAUAUCACGUAAGCAGCAAGCCAAUUUUCAUAGCGAUUUUGAGUUCAUACGUCACUCUAGUACUCGUGUAAGCUUCACACGACAAUAGAACAUGCCGUUCAUCCUCUAUACUAUGUAUUAGGUGAGUGUGAUGCCGUGUGGGAGAAGCAGAGGCAUGUGGCCCGACGCCCCUACUGUGGAUCGGUCCAACUGCGGUGGAUUAUGCAGAUCGGUAUGGGACGCGUCGAGUCUCAGGUUGCCCUGGCCUAUUUGCAACCAGCGUGAUUACUGUCGGAUGUGUGAACGUAGCGUGGGUGCGAUUAUAUCGGUGUCAGCUUCGAGGAGGCAAGGACUUCUUCUGCACAGGACGCGGCGAUGGCGAGACCGUGAGAGCCUUGAUUGGUACCGGCUGGACACGGAAUGAGCGGACAGAGAGGGUGCUGUAACAAACGUUGCUA